CGAUGUCGUUUUGUUUUGUGGACGAAGCAAAUGCCACGUAGACAAAGCUUAAACCCUAAACCUUGGUGGUUCAAGUCUUUAACCAAUAGCAGCGAAAAUCCGAGAAGUUCUUGAAACUACGAUUUCGUUUUGCAGCCAUGAGAAGGGUCAACGGACUUGCUACGCUAAGCAGAGCCUUAUCCUGCGGCGGCGGCGUCGGCGCUGCCAAUGAGCAACGGCUGGUUCAAGCGGCGUUGAUGAGUACUUGCUCUUCUUCAUCGUCAAAUUCUCACAUUUUCUCACAGAAAUUCGCGGAGCGAUUGGGCCUGUCAAGUUCCUCCCUUGCGCGCAGUGUUGCCGGGACCAUGUUGUUUUCUGCGGCAGCAUCGUCUCUGGCUCAAGAUGCUCUUGCUAAGGAGAAGCCUCCCUCUGAGAAGUUUCUUCCCAAGGAAGUCGUUCUGUACCAGUAUGAAGCUUGCCCUUUUUGUAACAAGGUUAAAGCUUUUUUGGAUUAUUAUAACAUUCCAUAUAAAAUUGUGGAAGUCAACCCCAUCAGCAAAAAGGAGAUCAAGUGGUCUGAUUAUAAGAAGGUGCCUAUACUUAAAGUCGAUCAUGAACAAAUGGUUGAUUCUUCAGAUAUAAUCGAUAAGCUUUUUCUUAGGAUUAAUCCUGAUAGCUCAAUACCUGAUGGUGAAGAGAAGAAAUGGCGUGAGUGGGUGGAUAAUCAUCUGGUGCAUGUUUUAUCACCAAACAUAUAUCGAAGUACUUCCGAGGCACUUGAAUCAUUUGACUACAUCACCACUCAUGGCAAUUUCAGUUUCACUGAGAGGUUAGUAGCGAAGUAUGCUGGAGCAGCGGCUAUGUAUUUUGUCUCAAAGAAACUAAAGAAGAAGCACAACAUUACUGAUGAGAGAGCAGCCUUGUAUGAAGCUGCUGAAACAUGGGUGGAUGCCUUAAAGGGCCGGCAUUAUCUUGGUGGUUCAAAACCCAAUUUAGCCGACCUUGCUGUUUUCGGUGUUCUGAGGCCUAUUCGGUAUCUAACGUCUGGUAAAGAUAUGGUGGAACAUACACGAAUCGGUGACUGGUAUAGUCGGAUGGAAAAUGCUGUGGGAGAGCCUGCUAGAAUUAAGGAGUAAGAUGACAAUUUUGGCUGCUGGAAAGGAAGUUCCAGACCGAUAGUGAGCAAUAGAGUACUUGAAAAUAAUAAUGCAAAUAGUGAGACUUCCAACUAAAAGGCAGGAGUAUGACUCGGGAUAAGUUAAAUUUUUUUUCUUCAGUUCAAUGGGAUGAGAUUACUGCUAUUUUAUAUAUAAAAAAACUACCGUUGUAUGAAUAAUUUUACAGUUCUCAUAGACUGUAA